AUGGAUAAUCCAUUACAACGGGAUAUUCGGUCCAUCAGUCUAUCCGCAGCAAUAAUUAACAAGCUACAGUCACAGUAUUUUGGUGGUACCUUUUAUUGGAGUAACAAAGUGAAAGAUCUGUUUGCAUACACUGUACAAGUUCUGACAUCGAUUCAUCCGCCUGUUAUUCGAUUCACUCAAUGUGUGUUGAAUCACUUGAAUAAUAGAUUUCUUGAUGAUGAGUUAAGAGAAUGGCAAGCUUUUGACCCUGUUGCUAUUGCAAACACAACUAAUUUUGAAUUUGGAAAAGGGAAUGUUGUACGACUGACAAAAAUUACUCAGCUACGACUAAGCGUGCCAGAACGGAAAACUGAUCACAUUUUGAUUAAAUCUCAUGAUAGAGUGACUCGAUGGUCUGUACUAUUUCGGAAAAUGGAAGAACGAAUUAUUCUUACACAAAUGGAAAAGGCAAAACGACUUAAGGAAUUCAACUAUAUUUUCAAUGAAAAAGGCCAACUGAGACACAUCGAAACGAACCAACCAUUUGUUUUCAAGCAGCACAAUGCAAUGAAUUUGGACCAUGAGUGGUACACUGCCUUCGGAACCAUUUUAGCCGAGUACAUAUAUGAACUAUUAGAGAAGGGAUGUGGAUUGAAACGACUCUACGUUCCUGAAGAUGCCGCAGAGGAUGAGCCAAAAAGUUUUUGUUUCAUGAGCGAAAGUGCUCUAAAUGCUCCUUCAAAGUUAAUUGUUUUCGUCCAAGAUCGCGGGGUUACGCGGGCUGGUGCAUGGUCCCAACAAUUGAUUGUGCACGAUUGUCUGGACACGGGCACACAAAUCCCCUUCAUUAAACGAGCUCUAAGCGAGCAAUAUGAGGUCAUGGUAUUAAAUCCCAAUGACAACUUCCUGGCAAUCGAGACGGGCCAUUCCGCAGAUGCGGAAUGUCCUCAAACUGAACACAAGGUUGAAAAGCUAAAAAGGGGGGUUGAAAGUCAUGAACAGCAUAUAUUGUACAUUUGGGACCACUUCCUAUCCGAAUGUGCUCCCAUGAGUGUGGCGUUCGUUGUUCACGGCUAUGGUGGCUUGGCGUUUGUGAGUCUGUUAACUGAACGUUCAGAGGUGAUGAACAAAGUAUAUACCGUGGCGUUCAUAAAUUCUAAUCACGAUGUAGAUCAUCAGGAUGUUGGCCCAGCGGAACGGGACUGGAUCGCAAAGAACUGCCGUAAAUGGUUACUGAGCAACAAACCUCUGGACAAGCCCGUCAGCUCUAUGAGGGCCGACUGUCCACAAGUUUCGGCAGGCACCGAAAACCAUGAUUUGGCGCCUGCAUCUUGCUUGCACCCUAUUUUCAAGUAUUUGAAGAAAGUUUCAAAUACACAGAAAACUAACCAAUUCACUAGGUCGCCAAUUGUUACAAGACGUUCAAGCAAGGAAAAACCAAGAAGAACAUCUGACAGUAAUUAG